AACUCCCCGUGCCGUGUUGUGUUUCGAACACGUUUUUCUGUGAUUUAUUAGAAAUAAUAAUUAAACCAUGUCUAACAUUGGCGAGCAAGAGCUAAUAAACAUUGGAAAAGUCCUAAACGAUCCGUCUAGGCCCAUGAAGGAGCGCUUUAGGGCAUUAUUCACUCUAAGAAACUUAGGCGGCGAAACAGCUAUAAAAUGUAUCAGUGAUUGUUUUACAGAUGAAUCUGUGCUUUUAAAACACGAAUUGGCUUAUUGCCUAGGCCAAAUGCUGGAUAAAAGGGCCAUUCCAGUGCUGAGAAGCGUUUUAGAGGACAAAAACCAAGACCCCAUAGUUCGUCAUGAGGCAGGUGAAGCCCUUGGAGCUAUAGGUGACCCGAAUCUCCGAGAACUACUUGAAAAGUACAAGAAUGACCCUGCAAUUGAAGUAGCGGAGACUUGCCAGAUAGCCCUACAGAGACUUGACUGGGUGGCCAACGAUGGAGCCAGUGAGAAGUUAUCUAAGAGUCCGUACUGUUCGAUAGAUCCUGCACCACCAAGCAGUGAGAAUGAUGUGCCCACUUUGAGCAAGACGUUGAUGGAUGAGUCUAAACCGUUAUAUGAGAGGUACAGAGCAAUGUUCAGCUUGAGAAAUAUGGCCACUACUGAGAGUAUAAAAGCUUUGGGAGAAGGCCUCAACGCUAGCAGUGCUCUGUUCCGUCACGAAGUAGCCUUUGUAUUCGGCCAGAUGCAAGAUGAGCGAAGUAUACCUUUCUUAAAGAAAGCCCUUGAGGACACCGCUGAGCAUGAGAUGGUGAGGCACGAAGCAGCUGAAGCGUUAGGGUCCAUAGCUACGGAUGAAUGCACAGAGGUUUUGAAAAGGUACCUCCACGACCCUCGCCCAGUGGUCAGGGAAAGCUGCGAAGUGGCUCUAGACAUGUCUGAAUAUGAGAACAGCCCGGAGUUCCAGUAUGCUAACACAUUGCUCGCCGUCAAGGCUAAGGCGUAGAUAAUAACAGGUUCAUUUCAAAGUAUGCAAAGGGGGCGCGUCUCAAAUAAGUUUGGGAACCAAUGAGGGCUAUCGUUUUAGCGCUCACCAGUUAGCGCCACUGUAGAGUAAGGUCCUGUCACUUGCUAGUAGCGAAGACAGUGGCACCAACUGGUGAGCGCUAAAGUGGUAGGAGGACUAUCGCAUUUGCACUCAUCAAGAUGGCGCCACUGUAGAGUAAGGUCCUGUCAAUCGCCAGGGGUGCCAACUGUUAAGUAUAAAAACGAUAGCCCUCAUUAGUUGAUUUGGUAAUUUGUCUAUUCCACGUCGCCGCCGAAUUCAAUAGAAAAAUAUGUCUGCCGGACACAUCUCUCUUCUCCUUGAUGAUUUUACUGAGUGUUAUUGAGAGCAUUUUUCUUCUUCUGCCUCGUCUUAUCCCUUUAUGCGGGGUCGGCUUUCCCAAUCAUGCGCCGCCAUUUGAUUCUGUCUUUAACGUUUUGUACAUGGAGUCCCGAUACUUUCAUGUCCUUUUGAACAUUAGUUAUUGAGUUAUUCGCUUCUGAUAAUGCAUACUUUGAAAUUAUACUUAUAAUUACCAUAAUAUUAUUG